AUGGAGGUCCCACGAACGGUUCUUCUCGUCCUCGUCCUCCUCGCCUUGAGCUCCCCAAGCUCCCACGCCCAUGGAAGGACUCACCACCGCAGGAGGCACAAACACCGCAGCAUUGCUCUCCCCCCUGAGGGAGACCCUCUGUCUCCUCCACCGUCGCCGGCGGGUCCACCAGCUGCUCGUCCUCCCAAGGCGGCGCCGCCCAGUCAUCACCGCCGGCCGCCGGCCGGCUCGCCGAGCUCCGGCAAUUUAUUCGACGUCCGGUCCUUCGGGGCAGCCGGAGAUGGCGAGACCAACGAUGCUCGAGCCUUCGAGCUGGCGUGGACCGCCGCCUGUGACGUCGACGGUGGAACCCUCCUCGUCCCCAGGGAAUACUCCUUCACGAUCACCUCACUUAUAUUCGCUGGUCCUUGUCGCGGUGGUAUCACGUUUCAGGUACGACCAUGAAACCAGAGAGCAAAGAGCUUCAAUCCUCGAGCUUUCUUCUCAGAUCAGUUCUGUCUCUUCUUCAAGGUCGAAGGGACCUUAAUGCCGCCGGACGGGCCCGACGAGUGGCCGGCGAGCAACAGCCGGCGGCAGUGGCUGGUUUUCUACAGAGCCAACGGGCUGACGAUGAGGGGAGGCGGAAUGAUCGACGGGCGAGGGGAGAAGUGGUGGAAUCUCCCCUGCAAACCUCACAGAGUAAGCAGAACGGGGUAGAUUGAAGCGGGAUUAUCUUCGUGCUGGGUGUACUCAUACUCACGGUCAACAAUUUUUACAGGGAGCCAAUGGGUCAACGCUUCCUGGACCCUGCGAUAGUCCUGUUGUGGGGGCACUAUUCUCCUCCUUCUCUUUGACCCACCCGAGAAGCGAUUGCGGAGGGAUUUUAGAGAGAGACUCCCUCUGAUUCCGCUCUGCUUACUGGGUGCGCAGGCACUGAGGUUCUUCGAGAGCUCGAAUCUGACCGUGGAGGCGCUAGAGGUCCGGAACAGCCCGCAAUUCCACUUCCGCUUCGACAGCUGCAGGCACGUCAUCGUUGACUCCGUCACCAUCACCUCGCCGGCGCUCAGCCCCAACACCGACGGGAUCCAUGUGGAGAACUCUAACUCUGUGGGCAUAUACAAUUCAGUCAUCUCCAAUGGUACCUCUCCCCUCCUCUUCCUCCCACUCUUCUUCUCCUUCGAGAUCCAUUGCUCAAGCAUAAUGGCGGCCAAUCUCUGUAACAGGCGACGACUGCGUCUCCAUCGGAGCAGGAAGCUUCAACGUGGAAGUCUACAACGUGACCUGUGUCUCAGGGCAUGGAAUAAGGUCUGUCUGUCUGUCUGUUUCUCUUUCAUCUCUCUCUCUUCUAUCUCUCUAAGUCUGUACCUUCUUGGUGUGCCCAGCAUAGGGAGCCUGGGGAAGCUCAACUCCAAGGCCUGUGUCAACAACAUAACAGUGAACAAGACGACGAUGAGGCACUCGGAUAACGGUGUCCGAAUCAAGACAUGGCAGGGGGGCCUGGGCUCCGUCUCCGGCAUCGUCUUUGAGAACAUUCACAUGGACGCCGUGAGGAACCCCAUUAUCAUCGACCAGUACUACUGCCUAGGCCGGAGCUGCCCAAACCAGACGGCGGCCGUCCACGUCUCGCACAUCUCCUACAACGGCAUCAAGGGAACCUACGACACACGGAGCCCACCUAUGCAUUUCGGCUGUAGCGACGCCGUCCCCUGUACAAACAUCACUCUCACCGACGUCGAGCUCCUCCCUGCCGCCGGCGAUGUCAUCGUUGACCCGUUCUGCUGGAGCGCCUACGGUGGCGCCCAGACGCUGACCAUCCCACCCGUCUCCUGCCUCAUGGAGGGGCUCCCCAGGUCGAUCUUGGAGAGCGACGUGGAGAAGUGUUCCUGA